AAACAUGCGCACACAAUGUGCUGCUCAGAACUCGCGCGGAGUUUGGAAAGUGUACACACAGCGGAGGCGGGAGAUGUUAAACCGAGCAGGACCGAAAGGAAUAUCGUAGGUUUGCUCUUUUAAGCAGUGCCAAAGAAGUGGGACAUCAAACGCAGUUGCUGGGGGGGAAAGCAAAGAUGGAGGAGUUCGGAGUUUAUGCGGUUUUCGGAGUCGACGGUCCGCCUCAAAGACUGCUAAGGGCCGACGGGUCGCGCAGGGUGUGUGUCGCCGUCCCGCCGACUGUCCGCCAGGUGGUGCUGUUCAGCAGCGGACCGUGGGGCGAGAGGAUCUGCGUCGACGCGGAGCUGAACGACGCCGAGCGGAUGCCCAUCACUAUCGGCAAACUCACACCAUACAACAGGUGCUUGUCAUGGGAGCAGUGGGAGGAGGAGACGUGGACAGACAGCGUCACCCUGAACAUCACUCUGGAGGGAGGACACCUGACAAAAGCAGAUUGGUCAGAACCUGAACUCAUCCUGGCUGUGAAGGAAUACACACCUAAGGACACCACGACUGCUCCCCUUGCAGCCCGAGAGCCCAACGGCAAGAGGAAAAGAGGACGGGUGGUGGCAGAGGAGGACGUUGGCGAGGACAAGGUGGCGGAGGAGAGGGGGGAAGAGGAGAAUGUGUGUCCAAACGGUGGCGUGGAGAGAACCACGCCUGUGCGAAAAGCCAGGGGGCAAACCAAAGGGGGGCAGAAGCUGUUCAGUGGAGGAGGCGAUGCAGCGAAGACGAAGGGAACAGCUAACAAAGCGAGAGAUGCGCAGGGGAUUGUUGGCAGGACGCCUCCUCAGAGCGCAGCCAGGACGAAGAGUAGGCAGGCCAAGACUCCAACACAGACUGCCCCGCUGGUGAGCCCGUCAGCUCGAUGGGGCCAGACUCUGUGUCCCAUCGAUGCUCAGACAGCAAUCCUGAUUGGAGGACAGGGAGCCAGGACGCAGUUCUGCAAAGAUCCCAUGUGGAAGCUCUGCACAGAGGAUAUGUCCUGGGUGCCGGCAGAGACCCUGGCUGAGGGUCCGACUCCUGAGGCCCGGAUUGGCCACACCUCCGUGUACGACCCCGACUCGAAGCGGAUCUUUGUGUUCGGAGGCUCCAAAAACAAGAAGUGGUUCAAUGAUGUUCACAUCCUGGACACGCAGAGCUGGAAGUGGACCAUGGUGGAGGCUCAGGGUAAGGUUCCCCCUCUGGCCUACCACAGUUGCAGUAUGUUUCGGGGUGAACUUUUCGUUCUGGGAGGGGUGUUCCCUUGUCCAAACCCGGAGCCCGACGGCUGCAGUGACUCGCUGUACAUCUUCGAUCCCAACCUCUUCAUCUGGUACGAACCCAUCGUGACAGGCGACAAACCCUCCCCCCGCUCAGGACACUCUGCGUGUGUGAUGCAGGAGAGGAAGAUCUAUGUGUUUGGUGGAUGGGACACUCCUGUCUGCUACAAUGACAUGUACAUGUUGGACCUUGGUCUGAUGGAGUUUUCUGCUGUGAAAACAACCGGGCCAGCCCCCUCCCCUCGAAGCUGGCACGGCAGCGCGGUGCUUUCAGACACAAAGUUUCUGAUCCACGGAGGUUACAAUGGGAACAACGCUCUCAGUGACACCUUCAUCUUUGAUACAGACUCCAACAGCUGGACAGAGCUGACGCUCCCUCAGCUGUCUGUCCCCAGGGCGGGGCACGCUCUCAUCGCCAUGGAUAUAGCCAGUCGCCACUGCUUUCCAUUGGAGGGCAAAGACGUGGACAUGGACGCAGGCUUCGUCAGCAGAACUGUGCUGGUGUUCGGAGGGGGAGACAACGAGGGCACCUUCUACUCCGACCUGACGACUGUCGCCACGGAGGAACUCCUCGGUGCUAUUUAAAGAGAUUGAGUCAGAGGUGAAUCCUUACUUCUUGACUGGACACCCCCCUCCCCAUUCCCUUUAUUAUUUAUAUUCCUAUAGUUUGACUUAAUUAAUUGAUCCCACUCUUCUUUCAGUUAUGUUUUAAAGGUUUUGUUUUUUUAUUGAAACUGUAUAUAUAUAUAUGUUCACUUCGGGCAUUUCUUUAAAUAAAGAUCUCAGAAGAUAUUAUUUGAAAAUAUAAAUAUUAACAAACAUUUCCCAUCAAGUUCAAAACUGGAUAAAGAAAUGUCCCACUCUAAUUCACACAACCUUAAAAGAAAGUGAUUUAAAAAAAAUAAUAGGAACAUUUUUUAAACUUAAAAUCAUUCAUCAUGUUUUUUUCCCCCCACUUGUACAUAGUUUAAACGCUUCUCAAGAUCUUCCUCAGGUAAAAGGUAUAUUUUCAUUUUAAUAGAUUACAUAUGUGUUUUUCUUUUUUAUGUUUCCUUUGCGUUAUCCUGAUCCUUUGGGAUGCGUUGCCUCUGGAAAGCUGCAAGUGCAUAAACAUCAUCGUCUUGGAACUGUUGCGCGUGAUUUAUUAGAAACAUUUCUAACUGUCUUUACUCAAUAAACAUUUGGAUUUCUA